AGGCGGAGAUUGGGUGAGCCGUUAUAUGCCAGUCCACAGCCUCCUCAUCACUGAUCCAGAGCCGCGCUUUGUCCCUCAGGCUCCGUACCUUUACUCCGCUCUUUCGGAUUUCACCUUAAACCAGCUGAUCCACCCGCAUCAAAAUGGCCGACCAGCUUACAGAGGAACAGAUUGCCGAGUUCAAAGAGGCAUUCUCGCUCUUUGACAAAGACGGAGAUGGCACCAUCACCACCAAAGAGCUGGGCACCGUGAUGCGCUCGCUCGGACAGAACCCCACAGAGGCUGAGCUGCAGGACAUGAUCAACGAGGUGGACGCUGAUGGUAAUGGAACGAUAGACUUCCCAGAGUUUCUCACCAUGAUGGCGCGGAAGAUGAAGGACACAGACAGCGAGGAGGAGAUCAGAGAAGCAUUCCGCGUUUUUGACAAGGAUGGAAAUGGAUACAUCAGUGCUGCUGAGCUCCGCCACGUGAUGACAAACCUGGGAGAGAAGUUGACCGAUGAAGAGGUGGACGAAAUGAUCAGAGAAGCAGAUAUCGACGGUGAUGGACAAGUCAACUAUGAAGAGUUCGUACAAAUGAUGACGGCGAAGUGAAGGCCUUGUACAGAUUUCGUAUAUAAAUAAUUUGCCUUUUUUCUUUGUGUAAUUUAUCUGUAAAAUCUUAAUAGCCCCUUCGUCCCUGCCCCCUCUGCUGUCCAAAGGAACUGCAUGUAAACUGCAUAGGCUCUUGUCCCCAUGUCCCUUUUCUUUUGCUGUCAUGGUGUUUUGGAGUGACGCGAUGGUCGUACAACCCGAAGCCUGCGGAGGCCCCUGGGAGCCGGAGAUUUUGGGAUGUUCCUGUCUCGAGCUCGGGGCCCCUCCACGCACGGCGACAUUGGAAACCUGUCAACACUGUUGGCAUGGAAAUGAUGUAGAGGAGUUUGAAAACUCUGCAUGGACUACGGACAAAGUAUAUAUGGAAAUCUCUCAGCAUUGCACUACUGCAAAAAAAUGACACGGGUGUAUCUCCUAGGUACUCGUACAAACUCUUUUUGUAUCUGCUGUUCUAUAUUACCAGAAACAACUAAUCUUAAACAUGCUUUUUAAUGUUUUACUCACUACUUUUAUUUUCUUUUUUAAAUGGUCUCUGGCCAUGCCUCAAAUAAUCCAUUCCAAGUUGUAUAUUUUUGUUUUCCAAUAAAAUUUACAACCUACCCGGA